AUGUCCAACUUCGCACCAGAAACCCACCUGGACGCCGAAGGCUAUCACCAGAUGCAGAUGGAACACUAUCGUUCGAAGCACAGCAGGACUGACGCUCAGCGCAGAGAGGCGGCCAUUCGCGAGGCUCGUCGGCACCCGCAGGGUGAGCGUUUGAUCUAUCCGCCGGAGACGUACACGCCGAACGGCGGACAGAUUCCUCCGGACAGUCCUCCUCCGCCUCCCGUCCCGCCGAAAGACAAGCGACCUGCUUCGGGACGGAAAGUGACGAAUGUACUGACGGGUCCAGACGGUUUGAGGAUGGAGACUGCACAGGCUCAGCCACGACGAGUGAUCAAUAGGAGUGGAAGUGGACGAUUCCGUCCGGAGCAGUCGAGCAAUGCUCCUCCGUCGCCUUACGAGCACCGACGCAAUGCCUCUGGGGCCUCCACUGCCUCCACGGUUGCGUCCGCCGCGCCGAGUAGACCUCUUGGUCAUCAGCGAAUGGGAUCUGCUGCCUCUGCGGUUCCCUCUGUAGCGCCCAGCAGACCUUCCCACGAGUCGAGUCGAGUCUCCCUCGAGUCGCAACGCCCACCACGUCCAGGCUCCGCAAGUUCCAGCAUCUUCUCGCGGACUUUGUCUUUCGGCCGUACCAACACCAACGAGAGCAGCACCCAGCGAGAGAGCACGGAAAGCCGCAAGCCCAGAGCACCUCGGCGUUCGAGCUUCAGGGAGACGCUCCGCCGUGCCUCGAACGAAAUCCAGAAAGAUGUCUCCAUCAUGCGAAUGACACCCGCCGAACGCCAGCGCCACUUCGCCGCAGAGAAGGCCAAGAUGGAUGCGGAGAUCGAAGAACAUCGCCGUCUCAACCCGCUGGGGAGACCCAAGUAUCAGCAGGAAUACAUCCGACAGCGCGACAUCAGCCGCGCGGGAGGCGGCUUCCAGCAGUACGACGAAGUACUCAUGCACUACGGGACGGACAACCCCAUUGCCCAUCUGAACGCCAACGAACUCACCCUCGCGCAAGACUUCGCGCUGACGUAUCCCAACAACGACGACGAUUCGAAAUGGGAAGCACUCGCCGAUCGGCAGAAAGCCCCACCGAUGAACACAGGUGAGCGAGCCGCCUUUCUCUUGUCCCGCGGCUUGGAUGCGUUCAAGAGGGAAAAGAAGGCGGGGAGGAAUAUGAGUACGGAUUCCGGCAUGGAUUUCGCUGACUGUGGCGAGCCAGAUGAGCUGGAGUGUUGCGAACGAUGCGGCAAACCGACGACGGAAUGGCUUGUGAAAGGGUUCUGUCGGGAUUGUCAUCAGGCGAGGGUUAAUGGUAAGUGAGCCGGUCUCUCUUUUGAUUCCCUCCUCCUGCCUGUCUUGGCGAGGUUUGAAAUUGUGUUUGAUUGAUGCGUUUUGGAGCGGUUGCAUUGCAUUGCAUUUUGACGACUAAUGAGCCAUGACCGAGGAGUAGAUUGGAACGAACGGUAGGUUAGCCCUUGGUGGGAGGUAAGUGUUCUCUUUUGUCUUUCAUGUCUUCUCUCUGUUCCUUCGCCUGAUUUCGUCAAAUGCUCUCAGCAAUGUGAGUAUGAGUAACUGAUCUCGACAUGUCAGAGUUCUGGGACGCCGACUCGAACCCCACUCCAAUAGACGAGAAAUCCGAGUACGACGGCUCCAUGAGAUCUAGUCGCGCGUCAUCGCCCCAUGCAGCCCGGACGGUCAACGAGGAAGAAUACAUGAAGAUUGCGCGGAAGAGGACGAUUCGAAGAGUUCGUCAGACCGUCUACGAAGAUGCCGGGAAUCCAUUCGCCGUGCCAACUGGCGUGGCAGAGGACGGGAGACCAUCACCAGAUCAAAUGGGAAUCGGAAGCCGCUUCGUCUCCUCUCGACGCAACCCCUCGCUCUCAUCCUGGGAGUCUCUCGCCCUCUCGUCCCCAUCCCACCAGAUCUUGCAAGAAGAACACGAACAACAACCCCACGUCAUCCGGCACCUGCGCGACAGUCUCCUCCACGCUCCCCGACCUCGACGCGCCGGUACGCCGCAGCUGAUCAGACAGCAUAAGUACUCGGACUCGGCGCCGGAUCCGAUGCCUGAGGAGGUGUAUGUAGCGCCGAGGACGUUGUGGGCGAAGCGUGGGAAGUCUCUGCCGACGAAUGCGAUGGGGGAAGAGAGGAAUACACAGUUUUACGACUUUUGGGAGGGGGUCUUGGGAGAGUAUGGGAGUGAUAUGGUGGGGGAGGUAGAUGGAGAAAACGGUGAUGGGAUGCUGUGA